AUGAACUCACAUCGUAGUGUUCCAGCUAAAAAUUCAUUUACAGCUUCUGAUACUCCGCAACCUUCUUUAAGGCGCAUACUCCCACGUCCCGCGCUUACAUUCAAAAGUCCUCAGAGAUAUUAUAUUCCAAAUGCAUUUCUACAAAGGCUUUUUGUGCUUUCGCAACCACCAACACCGCGCAGGCUUACACACACACCUCAGCUUGAAACACCACCAUAUAAUAUUACGUUCGCAUCAUCUGUACCAGCCCACAUUCCCUCUCAAGAACCUAUUAGUACUGCGCCUAGUCCAGUUGCGGUUGAUACUGCGCCUAAUCAAAUAUCGGUUACUGUUUCGUCUAAUCCAGUUUCAGGUUCUGCUAAUUUCCGAGGAAAGAUACAGGUGGCAGUAGGUGCUAUGCGUUCGCGUACUAUAAAACCAAGAUGUUCUGCAAAGUCUACAGACGUGUGUACUGUUAUAAAGAAGGUUAUCGAUGACAAUUUUCAAACAGACUCAUGCAUGCCUCGCCACUGCAUUCCGAAGGGGGUGAAGACCAACUACGUAGAGCGUUACCUCUAUCAGAAGCUUCAAAUAAGAAGCGACGUGAACCUCGCGGAUGCUAGAAUGGCAGGACACGCUAGAUGCGAUGCCUUCGCUGGAACAUUUCAAUCAGGUCAAGAAGAAGUAGAAGAAAUCAUGAACGAAUUUCAUCAGACGGGAUACGGAACGCGAAGAAGGACGAUUGCAGAGUCUAUGAUGUCGAUGCUCGUCUACAAACUCUGUCGUACGAUGUUUAUUUUAGAAGUCUGGAGAAGCAAGAUCGCUCGAGGGCUAUGCUCGACAGUAUUCAGAGGACCUAAGAAGUUUACCGGAUGGCUCACUCUUCCUCCAAUUCAGCCAACGAGGGUUGUACAUCUACUUCUCAAGGAGAACACUCCAGCUGUUGACAAUGGGUUGACUGCAUUUGUGGCUGACGGGAUGCAUAGACUUUCCCCCGAAAUGCUGAGCAAGGAUGGGCUCUACACGAUCCAUGGAGUUUGCAACGGAGUUGUAAGUAGAUGUCCCGCUCAUACACGUGCUCACAAAGAAGAAAAACCUUUCCAUGUACGAGAAGGUCUUCAACAAGCCGGAGAUGAAGGACGAGUGCGUGCUCGCUUGGUGGAUGACCAUCUUCUUUCUACCUCCUCAUCUCCACAGAAAAGUGCCUGCCUUCUACCGACCGACCGUCAACGACGACCACGCCGCAUGCCAGAAGUGCAAGAGUUUUCUAACUUACUUGCAGAAGAACUGGUAUGACG